UUGUAAUAAUGGCGGCUUCUUCUAAAGUUAUUGUUUCUUUGGUACUGUGUUUGAUGAUGGCUGUGUCUGUGAGAUCUCAGCUUAGCUCCACCUUCUAUGACACUACAUGUCCUAACGUAUCAAGCAUUGUGCAUGGUGUUAUGCAGCAAGCUCUUCAAAGUGACGAUAGAGCCGGUGCCAAAAUCAUCCGUCUCCAUUUUCACGAUUGUUUCGUCGACGGUUGUGAUGGGUCGGUGCUACUCGAGGACCAAGAUGGUAUAACGAGUGAGUUGGGUGCACCUGGAAACGGAGGCAUCACGGGUUUCAAUAUUGUUAAUGACAUCAAAACCGCAGUUGAGAAUGUUUGUCCAGGAGUCGUUUCAUGUGCUGACAUUCUAGCCCUUGGUUCUAGAGACGCAGUCACCUUGGCAUCAGGACAGGGUUGGACGGUUCAAUUGGGAAGAAGAGACAGUAGAACAGCAAAUUUGCAAGGAGCCAGGGAUAGGCUCCCAAGUCCUUUUGAGAGUCUCUCCAACAUCCAAGGUAUAUUCAGAGAUGUUGGUCUUAACGAUAAUACCGAUCUCGUUGCUCUAUCAGGUGCACACACAUUCGGGCGUUCAAGAUGCAUGUUUUUCAGCGGACGCCUAAACAAUAAUCCAAACGCAGAUGACUCACCCAUAGACUCGACAUACGCGAGUCAGUUGAACCAAACUUGUCAAUCAGGGUCAGGCACAUUCGUGGAUUUGGACCCGACGACGCCAAACACAUUCGAUAGAAACUACUACACAAACCUUCAGAACAACCAAGGGCUUUUGAGAAGUGACCAAGUUCUGUUCUCCACUCCAGGAGCUUCAACUAUCGCUACUGUCAACAGCUUAGCCAGCAGCGAGAGCGCAUUUGCUGACGCCUUCGCUCAAUCAAUGAUCAGGAUGGGAAAUCUCGACCCUAAGACUGGAACCACCGGAGAAAUCAGAACCAAUUGUAGAAGACUCAAUUAAGAUAAUAAUCAAACCGACCACGUCUCAUCAUAUAUACUUAAUUAAUGAUUCCAUAUAUACACCAAAUGAAAGUGUAUUGUUGUUAUAUGUGUGUGUGUGUAUGAGUUGGCCACGUCAUAUUAUCAUAUAUUAUAUGGUCAAACUCAAAGUAAGAAUAGAGAGUUGAAUAAUUGGGAGAGAGUCCAUAUCUCAUUUAGUUUUUGGAGAAAAGAAUACAAAUGUGAUUUUCUUUUUGUG